CGGGCGGCCGCCCCUUCGCCACCUCCCGCCGGUACCGAGCGGUUCGCGGGUGUCGGCGCUGCCCGGUUGCUGCCGCUGUUCUGUUCCUGCUCCGAUUCCUACACUGGGACAUGGACUCUGACUCCUGCGCCUCCCCGUUCGCCCCGGAGGACUUUUCUCCAGCCUCCCGGCGGCACCGGACCGUGGAAGACUUCAACAAAUUCUGCACCUUCGUCCUGGCCUAUGCCGGCUACAUCCCGUACCCACAGGAGGAAACGCCGCUGAGGAACAGCCCCAGCCCUCCCAACAGCACCGGGGGCACCAUUGACAGCGAUAGCUGGGAUCCCCGCUUCAACGACACCCCCUCUGCCGUGUCCCUGCCCGCUAAGAACAGAAAGAACUUCAGCCAGCUUAAGCGAGCAAAGCCCUACGGCUCCCUGUUCCAGCGGGCAAAGCCCAGCAGCUUCCUGCCCGAGCGAAAGCAGCUUGAUAAGAUCAGAAAGAAGAAGAAGCUGAAGAGGAGGGAAGCAGAGGCGUCUGCAGAGGAGGACUACGAGGAGAAGCUGCUGGACCUGGAAGCAGAGGACUCUUACGUAGAGACGCCGAUGAGCCCCUCGUCCGAGGGCGACCCUCAGUCUGCGACUGAGCACAGCUCGGUGUGGGACUCUGACACUCCCUCCAGCGUCUCCUACCCUGCCGUGACGGCAGAGCAGGCAGUGGAGAUACAGAGCGUGGGCAAGCGAACAGUCAUCCGGCAGGGCAAGCAGGUGGUCUUCCGGGAUGAGGACGGCACCGGUGACGACGAGGACAUCAUGGUGGAUUCGGAUGAUGACUCCUGGGACCUCGUCACUUGCUUCUGUAUGAAGCCUUUCGCCGGGCGGCCGAUGAUUGAGUGCAACGAGUGCCACACCUGGAUCCACCUCUCCUGCGCCAAGAUCCGCAAGUCCAACGUCCCAGAGGUCUACAUCUGCCAGAAGUGCCGGGACUCCAAGUUUGACAUUCGCCGCUCCAACCGCUCCCGGAUGGGCUCACGCCGGCGCUUCCUGGACUAGUGGAGGGAGCUGGCUACUGGUGCUACUUGGGCGGGCGAGCUGCCGGCUGGCUGGGGAGAGCCCUCCCGAACUGCUGCUGCUCAGGCUGAGGGGCUGCCCAGAUGCCUGUGGUGUGGGGACGAGGAAAGGCUGCACUGUGGGCAGCCAGGGCCGGACGAGGUGCCUGGGCAGAACUGCUGCUGACCAGUGUCAGGACAGAGCAUGCUCUGGGUCCAGUGGGGUUUUGUCCGACCACAGCCAUGGGCUGGGGGAUGUCUGGGAAUGUACAGACCUUUGCCACGUGUUCUCUCAUCCCAUCAGGAAACUGCAAACCUCUAUGCCAGAAACUCCUUCUCCUCCUCCAAAGAGCAGGGAGGAAGAGGCAGGAAUCUCUGUGGAGUCUGAAAAGUAACUGGCCACGUGUUUGGAUUUUGAUGUGACUAUAGCUGCCCCUCUGUCCCUGUCAGAGUUGUUCUGAGGCACUGCAGUGGGCAGCGACAUGCCCGCUCUCUGCAAUCUGCCCCUUUUCAGUGGGGACUCUUGGCUCGGUGUUGCUCGGGUGAAAAUGGCAGAGGGAGAGAGCAGCCCCUCCUGGGCAGCCACGCUGGGGCCAGUGGCAUCGGAGCUCUUUGUGGGGCUCUCCUUACAGUGAUUUCUGGUGACUUUGUCUUGCGUGAUUGGUUCAAGUCUGUGUGUGGGGAUCUGUCUGCCCUGCACACAGCCCUGCCCUCAGCUCGGAGCUCCUGUCAGACCACCACCACUCUGCCUUCUCUUGGCCCAGUGCUCAAACGUGAACUGCACAGGGGCUGUAAUGAACUUAGAACCUGGCAGGUAUGGUGUGGAAUUGGAUCAUUUCCAUCCAAGUGCUAAAACUGAGUUGACUUUUGGUUUCACUGUUUGUUUCUGAGCCUGGAUUUGCAGUGAAAUCCCAGAAUCUUGGCCCUGUUGCUUGCCAGUUGUAGGGACAAAGCAAAGGCAGGCUGCGAGGUGAAGCGCAGUGAGGCUCCAUCUGCUGCGGGGGAGGCGAGUGCUGAGGCCCCUGCUGGCACUGAGGCCCUUCACUGGGCCUCCCUAGGGCUACAGCCCCAGAGGGGCUGGGACAUGGCAGGGAGACAAGGCUCAUCCCAAGGUCACAGCAGUGGCAGCAUCACUCCUCAAAGACCAAAUAGAUAAGGUCAGCCCUGAAUGUCCCCAGACUUUGUUUUGAGGCAUUCCCCUGCAGUCCUGGCUGUGAGCAGCCUGCUCUGGCUGGAGAUCGCUCCAUGGCACAGCACUGGCUGUGCUGGUAGCAGUGUGUCUGUGCUGCAGCUGCACACUCUGGCCCCACCACCUUGCUGAGAGCGCCAUCUCAUCAGGAGAUGUGUCCUGGGGAUGGCCACAGGUCUUUCCAGUCAGGUACCCUCCUUCCUACAUCUGGCACAGGGCUGCUGAGGCUUCAGGCAGACAAGUGUGUGGCUGUGCUGCUGUCCUGGGUCUUUAUCAGCAAGCUGCUGAUACCACCAAGCUGCACCACCUGACUCUGGGUUCUGAAAACCAGCUCCAGCUUCUGUGAAACCCCAAGACCAUGCUGUGGUGUGCUGCCUUCCAGAAGCUGCAUGGAACUGCCGAGGAGUUUGCCAAAGACUUGCCCCCAGUGGCUGCUGGACUGUUCUUUGCAGCCAGAAAAAUAACCAAAGUUCUUCAAUGCUGCCAUUCUGCUCUGCAGACGGAAAGGCUUUGAAGGAUCCUGGUCAGGAGCUGCCUAAAAGUUGGACCUGCUCUGAAAAUCUGUUUACAGGGGCUGCAGUUCAGCUGGAGCUUGGUGGAAGCUGUCAGGGGAGAAGGGUGAACUGGCCCUGUCCAGGGGCAGCUGCUGUCUGUGCCUCUGCUCUGUUACCUUUUCUGAUGUGUCCCAGCAGUGUCUGAUGUGUUCAGCGAGUUACAGCAGCAGCAGAGACAAACCAACAUCUCCAUUCUUGUAGCUCAUCACUUCAGCCAUGUAUGACUAUAGCUUAAUCCAGAACUUUAUUUUUUCAUUAAAACUGUUUUAAUGAACCAUGGUUUGUCCCUAAAUGUGAAACAGGUGAACAAUGACCUUGUUUUACCCUGAA